UACAUCUAAGUGCAUCUUCUGCUGCGUAUCGUGUGAGUGCUUUGUAUAAAUGGCUGUCGUGAAAAAAAACAGUGUGAUCGCGACCGCAACGACACGAGAAUAUUUCUAAAUUCGUCUUUUCAUUCGUAAAUCUCUCGGUCAUCGUGUGUGCGUGAAAAAUUAUCUAGCGAUGCUGUCGAUGGACGGCAAUGGCAACGGCAUAUCUAGCAAUGAGGUUACAUCUUCAGAUAUUUUAAUUGUCAAAAAAUUGACAGGAGCCACGAAAUGGGCUAUUUCGAAUUGACCUUGGAGACCUCGUGUGGCGAAAACGCGAAAUUCGAGAUUCAGGGCUACCAAUGUAAAACAAAAAUAAAAAUAAAAUUCACUAUUCAAUAAUUCAUGUCCGCGGUUGCGAUUGUGUGGAGGUUAUAUUAGAUAAGGAUUCGCAAUUAUCUUUUUCUCUCUCUUUUAAUUGUAUCUUCACGAAACAUCAUAGUCGAAGUUGAUAUUUCUAAAAUUCGCUUUAAAAACACGAGAAGUCUCCACGUCAAUAAGGAGAAUAAUAAAUUAAAGGAAAGCAUGACCAAAUCUGAAGAUUCUUUAGUACCCAAUAUUCUUGGAUUAAACAGACCUAAAGAAUGGACUUACACAAUGAGAAGGCACAUGCAGGAGGUGGUACCUGGAGUAUUUCUUGGCCCAUAUAGUGCUGCUAGCCGUUCCAAUUUACAAUCUUUGCUAGAUCAUGGAAUAACACAUAUAAUUUGCAUCAGACAAGCUAUUGAGGCUAAUUUUAUAAAGCCCAAUUUUCCCCAUAAAUUUAAAUACCUAGUUUUGGACAUUGCUGAUACAAUGACGGAAAAUAUCAUUCAACAUUUCAAGAAAGUAAAGAUAUUCAUUGAUGAGAGUUUAAGUUUAAAUGGACGUGUUUUGGUUCAUGGAAAUGCUGGCAUAUCGAGAUCUGCCGCACUGGUUCUGGCAUACAUUAUGGAAACUUAUGAACUUUCACAAGCGCAAGCAUAUAUAAUAGUGCAGCAGCGAAGAUUCUGUAUAAAUCCCAAUGAGGGAUUUAUAAUACAAUUAAGAGAGUACGAACCUAUCUAUAAAGCCGAGAAGAUGUUGAAACACAAUCAACAAAGUUCGGAAAGUCAAUGUAGCAAACGAACAAUCCAUCAAAUUGACUUGGAUAAUCAACAAGAUAAGAUUGGCGAUGUGACUAAUAGUUGAUGUUAAUUUAAAGCAGAGAAAUAAUUUAGGAAGAAAAAAGACCAAAGUUACCAAGAUUUGUAUUAAAUCAAACUGAUAAAAUUUAUUUUUUAUUUUAAUCGCAUUUUGUACAAUUGAA